AAAUAUGUACGGUUUGGACCUGAUGUGGGACGCUGUACUGAUCAACGGCCAUGUAGGAGACGGAUGGAAGGUGGAUACAGGGCUCAACGUGGAACUGUCCCCCUCUCACAGAGCUGCGACUGGGACGGAGGAGGCCAUGCUUCAGGAGAGCUCUACAGAAGAGAAGAUGAAGAGAGGGAGUGAGGAGGUGAGGUUGCAGGACUCCACUGAACAGAAGCUGUAUAAGAUUGCCAACGAGCUUCUACUCACAGAGAGGGCCUAUGUUGCCCGCCUUCACCUGCUAGACCAGGUGUUCUGUGCCCGGCUGACUCAGGAGGCCGGUAAAGGCUUGUUCCCUGUAGAUGUGGUGAGGACCAUCUUCUCCAACAUCUCCUCCAUCCACACCUUCCACAGCCAGUUCCUACUGCCAGACCUGGAGACACACAUGGGCCAAUGGUCUGUGAGCCCUCGUCUGGGUGAUGUCAUGCAGCAGCAUGCUCCCUUCCUCAGGAUGUAUGCUGAGUACGUGAUGAGCUUCGACCACGCCAUGGAGCUGCUUAGAGUCUGGACGGAGAGGUCCGCACCAUUCAAGAAUGUCAUACAGGAUAUACAGAGUCGGGAGGUGUGUGGUAGUUUGACCCUGCAGCACCACAUGUUGGAGCCGGUCCAGAGACUUCCUCGUUAUGAGAUGUUGCUGAGAGACUACCUCAAGAGACUGCCUGAUGACGACUCGGACCACAGCCAUGCAGAGAAGUCUCUGCAGGUCAUCUCCAUGGCAGCAACACACUCCAACAGCGCCAUCCGCCAAUCAGAGAACCUGAAGAAGCUGCUGGAGAUCUACGAGAUGUUGGGGGAGGAGGACGUGAUGAACCCCUCCAAUGAGUUCAUCAGGGAGGGACGCAUCUUGAUGCUGGCUGCCAGGAACUCCGCCAUGGAGAGACACCUCUUCCUGUUCAACAACAUACUACUGUGCUGCACUCCUCGGUUCAGCCUGGGGGGGCAGCGGUUCACCGUGCGGACACGGAUUGACGUGGAGGGCAUGACGGUGCAGCGCACCACCAACGAACACCACCCCCACACCUUCCAGGUGUCUGGCAAGGAGAUGACCCUGGAGAGGACCCUGGACCUACAGGCCAGCUCUGAACAAGACAAAGAGGACUGGUUAAAGGCUUUCCAGGACACUAUUGAUGUUUUCCGACAGAAGAAUGAGACUUUUAAGUCAACUUCUAAAGAAGUAGAGAUGGAGGAGCUGGGUCGGCGUGCCCCUCGAUGGAUCAGGGACAAUGAGGUGACCAUGUGUAUGAAGUGUAGCGAACCCUUCAACGCCCUCACCCGAUGGAGACACCACUGCAGAGCCUGUGGCUGUGUGGUGUGUUGGAGGUGUUCAGACAACAAAGUAACUCUGGAGUAUGAUGGCAACAGGGUGAACAAGGUGUGUCUAGACUGCCACUCCGCCCUGAUCCUCCGGGCCAACAGAGAGGAGAGGGGAGAGGGCAUGGAGGGGGGGCAUUCUAGAGGUUCCACACCUCACCUCCACAUUUCCAUCCCUGCCCUUUCCCCAGGAUGUGAAGGUCUUGUCUAGGGUCCCCUUCUAAGGGACAGGUGAUGAAAAUGGGAUGGUGGUUAAGGCCAUCGCCAUGGUUGGCAAGGGGACGGUCAUCAAUGGCAACGAAAGUGUCACUGAUAAUGGUUACGGGAGUGUCGCCAAUAGAAACGGGAUGGCUGUCAAUGACAGCGAGGCCUCUCGCUCAAACAGCCUCCGUGUUCAAACACAAGCGAUCCCCCAGUCUCUGCACUUGUGUUCAGUGUUAAGGCCUUAAUGAGAUGCAGCGAGCUCAAAAGGUAUUGGGAUAGUGACAUAUUUGAAAUGAUACAUUGACUGAGGUUAAAGUGCAGACCAUCUGCUUUAAUUGAAGGGUAUUUUCAUCCAUAAUGGGUGACCUGUUUAUAAAUUACAGCACGUGUUGUACAUAGGGGACCCAUGUUAGGGGACCCAUGUUAGGGGACCCAUGUUAGGGGACCCAUGUUAGGGGACCCAUGUUAGGGGACCCAUGUUAGGGGACCCAUGUAUUGGGACACAUUCACUUAUAUGGGUAUUAAAGUAGUGCACAGUAUUUGCUCCCAUAUUCCUAGCAUGCAAUGGUUACAUCAAGCUUGUGACUCUACAACCUUGUUGGAUGCAUUUGCUGUUUGUUUUUCGUUGUGUUUCAGAUUAUUUUGUUCCAAAUAGAAAUGUAUGGUAAAUUAAUAUAUUAUGUAAUUUUGGAGUCACUUGUAAUUGUAAAUAAUAAUAUAAUAUGUUUCUAAACACUUCUACAUUAAUGUGGAUGCUAUCAUGAUUCUGGACCUUUCUACUACUUUAAUACACAUAAGUGAAUUUUUCCCCAAUACUUUUGGUCCCCUAAAAUGGGGAGGACUAUGUACAAAAGGUACUGCAAUUUCUAAAUGUUGGAUGAAAAUGCCCUCAAAUUAAAGUUGGAAGUCUGCACUUUAACCCCAUAGUCAUUGUAUCAUUUGAAAUCCAAAGUGCUGGAAUACAGAGCCAAAAUAAACAAAAAUGUCACUGUCCUAAUACUUUUGGCGCUCUCUGUAUACCGUAAUGGGCUGGCAAUGAGAUGUAUUUUGUGUAAACUCGAGAAGCAAUGUGUUCUGCCUAUCCCUAUCUGAAUAAGAAAAUCAAUUAACCUUAUAAUUUGUAUUUGAAAUUAUUUACCUUUUUGAAUAAAUAAAGUUGAACUUGUUUAAAAGUGAAGCAAGGUGUUCAUUUGAACUAGAAAAUUAAAGUUGGAAACUUAUCAGCUAAGUUUCUUACGCUAGCAGUAUGUGUUAUUAAAGAGAUUCUCCUAUACUUUUGUAUACUUUUUUCCCCAGUAGUUCUGAAAGUAGCACUCACAACCCAACAAUGGUCCCUGAAAAUUGCGUACUACAUGCAGAUAUGUGGACCACGUCAUUGCUCUCUCGAUUAAUCCCGCCUGUGUAGGCGUGUUUUGCAUCAGCUGGAAGUUGAUUGCCUUCGAUUUGGAACCAGGCUGCAUCCUGGGUUUGAACCAGGUGCCCCUUUCAAAGCCCACUGCGAAGUCAAAACUAAACUGACGUGUAUGUAUGUAAUUACUAGGAUUCUGUGUUUUCCCAUGCAAAAGGGAUUGCUUUUAUCUGUCUUCCCAAUGAGACAUUUUUUGAACAUUCUAACAUUUUAGUUUGUGGAAAAGAGAGAUUUUUCUGGAAGAUGCACCUUGCUGCCUUGUUGACAAAAUGACAGAGCGGCGCAGAUUACUGUUCCAUUUGAGAAGGGCGCUCCUCUCUCCCCGCUUUCGCCCAAUGAUGUAAGGGGCCAUAGGCCGGUGCCCCACCGGCUUAUAAUAAUAGGCUGCAACCUUUCUCUGCUGUGGCCACUGAGCCGUUGAGUCCGCCCUGCAACAACAUUGGAUAACGCUGGGCAGGCCUCUUGCUAGCUCUUGCUCAGAUACGAAAGGCUGAAGCUCAUUGGCUAGAACUCGAAUUGCCAGGAGGCUGGCCCACGUGGAGGGAAAUGUAGGGAAGUGGUGCAGCACAGCUUCAAGAAAAGUCGCUUUCAAUCUAGGGAUUUCGUAGCUAAUUGAUGUAAAAAAAUAUAUAUAUAUUCUCAUAGAUUAUGCAUGUAUGAACACAUUCAGCCCAAAGUGGUUUAAAAAGUACUUUCACCAAAGUACAGGAGCAUGUCUUUAAGUAAAUAUAUUCCCAUGGAAAACUUUUAAGUCUACACAUUUUAUGGAGAUGGAGACCUUCCACUAAAUACACUACAUGACCAAAAGUAUGUGGACACCUGCUUGUUGAACAUCUCAUUCCAAAUCAUGGGUGUUUAAUAUGGAGUUGGUCCCCCCUUUUGCUGCUAUAACAGCCUCCACUCUUCUGCGAAGGCUUUCCACUAGAUGUUGGAACAUUUCUGCGAGUACUUGUUUCCAUUCAGCUACACAAGCAUUAGUUUGGUCGGACACUGACGUUGGGCGAUAAGACCUGGCUCGCAGUCAGUGUUCCAAUAUAUCCCAAAGGUGUUCAAUGGGGUUGAGGUCAGGGCUCUGUGCAGGCCAGUCAAGUUCUUCCACACCGAUCUCAACAAACCAUUCCUGAAUAUACCUUGCUUUGUGCACAGGGGCAUUGUCAUGCUGAAAACAGGACAGGGCCCUCCCCAAACUGUUGCUAGAAAGUUGGAAGCACAGAAUCGUCUAGAAUGUCAUUGUAUACGUUUUUUACUUUAUCAGUAUCCUUGACAUUAUUUUUCUCCCGUUACAUCACAAACAUGUUACAUUUCUCCUGCAGUGCCUAACUCCGUUUUGUAUGUGUGUAGAUAAAUGAACAGAAUGCAGUCUUCGCUAACGUGAGAACGUUGCUUUUCAGUCACGCUGUAACACUGAACUUCUGCGACACGGAUUGAAUAGAGCCCCAAAAGAUUUAGAGAAUUUCUGACCAUAAUUGCAGCCAUAAGUGCCAUACUGAAAGCCGGUGAGGAGGAAGUGGAGGAGCUAAAGAGAGAGAAUGCAGUUUCAAGUAAUUUGGCCAACAACUGUUUCUCAUGUGUUGAUUAAAAUUAAAAAUAUAUAUUUUUUGUCGGCAGUUUAUUUUAUGCCUAUUUCUCAUGUGUUUCCUUUCAUAUU